AUGGUGAGACAGCCAGGCUGCAUCGUCAGAGCACACAGGUCACUGACCCUCUUAUCAGAGGUCAGAGCCAACAACAGUGCCGUCUUCAGAGACUGCAUCCUCAACGAGAGACCAGUAGCUGUUCUGACCAUCCAACCCAACUGGACCCAGAUAUUCAUUGGAGAGACGGUCACUCUCAGAUGUGUCCUACUGGGGGGAGGAGACACUGACUGGCAGUAUGAGUGGUUUCACUAUCAGAACAUUAUUCAGACAGAACCUGAAUUCAGAAUCGGUCCUGUCAAAACAUCCCAUAAUGGGUCAUAUAGAUGUAGGGGUGUAAAGGGAAGAAAGACCUCCAAUCACAGUGAUGUUGUACAACUGACUGUAUCUGUCAAACCCAAGCCUGUCCUGAGUGUCUCUCCUCAGUGGUUGAACCCUGGAGACUCAGUGACUCUUAGAUGUCAAGUUAAAGAGACGUCUACAGACUGGAGGUUCUUCUGGUACAGGAAUGUUCCUUCAGAUCGGUCCUACACUUUAGAGCCCCUAUCUGAUGAUGGGACUACUGAAGUAUAUUACACUCUGAGUCCUGCUGGUCGUAUUCACACAGGAGGAUAUGUGUGUAGAGCUGGAAGAGGAGACCCCUUCUAUUACACAGACUACAGUGAACCUCAGUUUCUCUGGUCAGGAGACCUGCAGUCUACUGUCUCUCUGACAGUAAAUCCUAACAGAACUCAGCAUUUUACAAGGACAUCUGUCUCACUAAGCUGUGAGGAGAAAGGAAACUCUACUGGAUGGAGACUGAUGAGAUACACAGACAGAGGAACAGAGUCAGGGUGUGUUUCAUACAUGGGAACAAUACAAGGGUCCACAUGUAACAUCAGAAACACUCUGAUUCAGGACAGUGGAGUGUACUGGUGUGAGUCUGGAUCAGGAGAGAACAGUAAUGCUGUCAACAUCACAGUGAAUGGUGGCAAUGUGAUCCUGGAGAGUCCUGUCCAUCCAGUGACUGAAGGAGACACAGUGACUCUAGUCUGUAAACACAGAACAACCAUAUCAAACAUUAUUAAAGCUGAUUUCUACAAAGAUGGAGUUCUGAUCAGGAAUGAGACCACAGGAGAGAUGACCAUCCCUGUAGUAUCAAAGUCAGAUGAAAGCUUUUAUAAAUGUAAAUCUAAUGAAGGAGAAUCACCUGGAAGCUGGGUGACAGUGAGAGAUCUCCCCAGAUCACCAACCAGGAUCCUUACCAGGAUCUACUGCAGCAUGGCCAGUCCCUCAGACCAGAUCUCUGUCAUUCUCUAUCUGAAACCUCAUACACUGAUUUAA